AUGCUCGAUAUAAAUGUUAAUAAUAUUUUCUUUAAAUCCUAUUCAGUGGAUCCAAAUACUGGUCAUUCAAUCUAUGUAUUUGAUUCGACGUAUCUUCCAUCGCCAGAAGAAGUUGGUGAUAAGCAAGUUUUUGAUUUGUUAAUUGAUGAGCUGAUGGACACGUUAAUGGCCAAAUUACCAUCAGCACCAUAUUCUUUAGUUGUAUUUUCUUCUGGGUUUUCCAACAAGAAGAUUAGUUGGGUUUAUGGUAUUAAAAUGUUCUCCAAGUUACCACAAGAAUCUCGUGUUUUUCUACAGAAAACCUACAUUGUACAUGAAUCAUUCUUUAUAAGGACCGUUUAUCAGGUGUUAUCCAAUGCAAUGAGCAUAAAAUUCCUCGGUUCAAGCUCCAAUUCUACGGAUUCUUCAUCCAACGAGAAUACUUCAGCAUCUUUGAUCCAUGUUUCAGAUUUAACCGGAUUAUCUCAUCUUAUUGAUAUUACAAGACUUAGAAUAUCGUUAAACGUUUAUAUGCAUGAUUAUGAACUCUCAGAAUAUAUUGAUGUACCCAGCGAAUAUUUUGGUAGAUUGACCACACUCGGCAAUAGACAAUAUCGACAAUUAAUAUUUGACAAAGUUUUUAAAAGGUUACAAUUAGAGGGUAUCAACUAUCCUAUGGUUUUCCAAAAGCCGGGAUCAUAUAAAAAAGUUAACAUUUUGUUAGAUAUAAUCGAGAGAAGCAAUUAUAUCGACCUUUCACAAUGGGAUAUUUAUUCCUUAGCAUCAAUUUUUUUGCAUUUCUUGAAAAAUAAAUCAAAACCUUUAAUCCCAAUAGACUUUAUUGCAUUACCGAUAGUUGAUGAUUUUGAUUAUACAUAUGCAACGUUUUUAAGAAUAAUUCAUUACAAUGAAUACUAUGAGUUACUGGCCGCUAUAUUUCCAUUGUUCACAUCAUUUUUAGAUAACGAGGACCAUACAAAACACAAUUCAAAAACAUUAAGCAAGGCCUUGACUCCUACUUUGUGUAAGGAAAAGAUUUCAAUAUUGAGCUCUGAUAGAUUAUCAAUUGGGACAAGAUAUAUAAAAAACUUGUUAGAACACUUCCCAUCUAUUCUGAAUCGUAUAGAAUCUUCCACUAGGUCUCCAAGACCAGUUUCUACAAUCGACUCUACAAAAUUGAAGCAAAGAACUAUAUCAGCCCCAAUAACGUCUCCAGUAGCUAAACAACCCGUACGUGUUGCAUCACAAGGGUUACCACCUCCAGCAUUACCCAAACCAAGAAAAUUGAGUCCAACGAGAAGUGAAAAUCGUGAUACGAGUCCAACUAGGAGCAUUAGUCGUAGCACAAGUCCUAUCAGAACGUUACCUCCAUUACCAGAUAAAAAGAAACCUACUGAAAACGGCAAUGCAUUAUCAAACAUACCAGUGAAGUUGCCACCAUUAAAUAUCAGCAAUAUACCAAGUCUGAAACCUGAAACUUCCAAUAACGAGACACGUUCUGAAAAGACAGUUCGUAUAAGUAGUGAUUCAUCUAGUAUUUUAGCCGAUGAAAGUUUGACGGACUCGGUUUCCAACCGCAGAGAACCAGGAUCACCAACUGCACCUUCUGAAGCUAUCAAAGAGAUGGUUCAGGACAAACCAGCAAAUGAUGACGACAAUGAUGAGAUCAACAAUAUUCUGAAGAGUGCGUCUAAAUUGACAUUAGAGCAUAACGAAAAGAUUUUGACGUUUGAUAAAGAACUGAAAAAGAAGAAGAAAUUAGAAGAAAUCAAUAAUACAACAAAUCACAGUAAAUUUUCUGACGAUGGUUAUUCUGGAAUCAAAUCCGGAAGUAAGGUGGGCAGACUUGCAGCAUUAUACGAAGAGAGGGUACAAGGUAUCCAGAUGAUGAAUGAAAUGCAAAAAAAGAUGAAUAAUGUAUGA